UUUGAACGUUCUCAGUUUGGAAUGGAAAAUAAUAAAAGAAAAAUGGAUUCAAAUGCUCCGACCAAGGCUUGCCAAUACGGAAGUGAUUGUUACCGUGUAAAUCCGCUUCAUUUCAGGGAAUACUCGCAUCCACACAUUGAAACCCUGUUGUCCAAAGUCGCAUCCAUCAACCAAGUUGUUGUUCCGGAACAAAUAAAAAUCAACAAAAGUGUGUUCGAAGAGCAAAUCCGAAUCGUUGCAAAGCAAUUCCCGCAUCUUGCGGAUGGCGUAAAACACCCAGCAAAACAGACUAAACUGGACACAGGGGCCACUAGUUUGGAACCAUCUUCAUCAAAGCAAGUUUCUUCACAAAUAAAACCAUCGCCUGUUCCUCCGACCGACAGCAAGAAUGCAAUCGAAAGUCUCUUUGCGGAACGAAGAGCUAAGAUGCAGUCCGCGAAGAGAGAAGCACCAACACCGGUGCCGGUUCCUGAGCCAAAUUCAAAUGCAGCAUCUUCUGUCGCAACUGCUGAUACAGGAGUUUCGUUACAAAAGUCCUUACCACGUGAUAUCAAUGCAUACUUUCCCGUCGUUGCUCCCCGUGGCCAAAUGGCUCAAAAAUUGGCUGCCGCGGAACCGUACAACUUUUUCCUUACUACCAUCACGGACUCCAAGCCGACGCAUAGCGAACCCCUGUCGGUAACAUUUCAGGAAUUGCUUGAUUCAAGCCUCGGUCAACUGGAAUCUUCUGUCCAAAUGAACUUCAUGGUCGACAUAGGUUGGCUCCUGGCGCAUUAUUAUUUUGCCGGUUACGAAAAUGUCCCGCUGUUAAUACUGUACGGUGAUGAAACGCCUGAACUAAGGAUGGUAUCGAAGAAGAAACCGAACGUAACGGCAGUCAAGGUGGACAUUAAAACACCGUUCGGGGUGCAUCACACAAAGAUGGGACUGUACGGGUAUCGUGAUGGUUCCAUGCGCAUCGUUAUCUCGACGGCAAACCUGUAUGAAGACGAUUGGCAUAAUCGUACUCAGGGACUGUGGAUCAGCCCGCGAUUACCGGCCGUUCCGGAGGAUGCGGACACUGCCUUCGGUGAAAGUGUAACCGAUUUCCGAUCCAACCUGCUCGCCUACUUAGAUGCUUACAAAUUAACCCAACUUCAACCUUGGAUUGCUAGGAUACGGCGAACGGACUUUUCCGAUAUCAAAGUUUGUUUGGUUGCAUCGGUCCCCGGAGGACACGUGAACACACCGAAAGGACCACUCUGGGGACAUGCCCGUUUAGGAUACCUGUUGACCAAGUAUGCGGCACCGAUCGAUGAUAGCUGUCCAUUAGUGGCGCAAAGCUCCAGCAUCGGCAGUCUGGGCCCGUCACCCGAAUCGUGGGUUCUGGGGGAAAUCAUGGCCAACUUCCGGAAGGACAGUGCCCCGAUUGGUAUAAGGAGAAUGCCCGGUUUUCGCAUGAUUUAUCCUAGCUACUCAAACGUACGGCAAAGCCACGAUUCCUUGCUCGGUGGCGGAUGUCUACCGUAUGGUCGUGCUACGCAUUCAAAGCAAGAGUGGCUCAAGACGUACCUUCAUCAGUGGUUUUGUCGAUCACGCCAUCGGAACAAAGCGAUGCCACAUAUCAAAACCUAUUGCAGGUGGUCACAUCGUGGACUGUAUUGGUUUCUGCUUACAUCCGCCAAUCUGUCCAAAUCGGCCUGGGGAGUGUACAACAAAACGGGACGCUUCGAGAAACCUCUACGGAUCAAUAGCUACGAAGCGGGUGUCCUGUUUCUGCCUAAACUGUUGCUGGAUGAGAACUUCUUUCCGAUGGAGGCGGGCAAGAAAGAUCCCCAGUUUCCGAUGCCGUAUGAUGUUCCCAUUAUUCCGUACGCACCGGAGGACACACCGUUUUUCAUGGAUUAUCUGACCCAGUGAGCAGUGGGCACCGUAUUCACAUAUGUUUCUCUUAAUUCACGGUAAAAUAUAA